AUGAAGUCGAGUGAGCCAAGCAACAACAACAACCUGUUCUUCCUUGCGGUGAGCAAAAAUAAAGCCACCGUUUAUGAAUACGACGUUAGCUUUAGCAGCUCCAUAAUUGGCGAUAUAGAACAGGAGAUCAAGCGAAGUGAAGAGGAUGGCGUGACGCCAAAUGAAAGUACCAAGCGGGAAUGCACAGAUGUGAAGGAAAAGACUAGCAGCAAUGGAAUGAUACCCUCAACACAAGUAAAAAAAACAGGACACAAAUUCAAUAACGAUUUUGUAAUCAAUCGUGGCAUUCGCAUUUACAAGCAAUAUGAUGAUGUGGAGCUAGCUGCUUGUACAAACGAUUAUAAAAAAAUAAUUCUCGUGAGGAAGGCAAACUUGAACGUUGCGGAAGUCAUAGACCUACAGGGUGAAACGAAUAAAGCAGCCUUCCAAAUCAAGGCCAAGACACCGAUAAAGGCAGUGAGUAGCAGCCCCAAGGAUACCCAUCUGGUUCUCUACUGCCAGUACAAGCCGGAGGUGUCACCACACAAUUUAUUCGUGUAUAAAAUUGGCGAAGGGGCUGCAAAGAAGAAGAAGAAAAAAAAGAAGAGUGAUUCUAGUGGUAAGGGUAGUCAAAGUGCGGAUGGAGAAACAGCCAAAAAGGUUUGCAAAGGGGGGGGUGUGAAGACGACGGGGCAGGGAGGCAACAUCGAGGAGGAGAGCGACGAUGAUGAGGAAGGAAGCGGACAGCGGGAUAACAAGGAUGAGACGCCCGUACGUGCAGAUACGCUAAAAAGCUACAGCAGCAAAGUGUGGCCAUUCUACAAGUGGAGCGAGAGCGAGUCCAUGUGUAUAAUCCGCAUCAACAACACCAUUUACAUUUAUAAGGAAAACAAUUUUGCAAGUUACAUAAAUAAAAUGACCCUAGAGAAUCUUGAAUAUGUUGAUGUAUCCCCUGAGCAAGGUGGUAAUAAAAAAGGAGGAGUGCUGAUCGCGACGUAUGAACGAGGAAGUAAGGGCAAGCCAUCUGUCUUCAAAAUUUUCAGCGCUUCCAACCUAGAGAGCCAUAUUUACUCCAAGUCCUUUUUCAACUCGGACGAAAUGAAACUCAAGUGGAAUAAAAAUGCAAGUGCAGUGUUGUUAAAUGUACACACACAGGUCGAUAAGGAGAAGCAAUAUUAUUAUGGCUUAAGCAAUUUAUUUUUUAUUGAAACCAAUAAGUUUAGCGAGGUGAAUAUAAUGACCGACCGUGGACAAAUAUAUGACUUCAUCUGGUCGUAUAACCAGAAUAAAUUUUAUGUAUGUAAAGGAGACAUACCUGCUGAAAUCGUUAUGUACGAUAAAUGCGCCAAUGUAGCUCACUCAUUUGGAAGACACAAAUUUAACACGUUAAAAUUGAAUUGCUGUGAGAAGCUACUUCUAACUGGUGGGUUCGGGAAUUUGAGUGGAGACAUCACUGUGUGGAAUACUUCUACAAAGAAAGAGGUUAGCAAAACUAAAGCAUCCUGUGCAGUCAUUUGUGAAUUCUUUAAUGAUGGCAAGCAUUUUCUUACAGCCACAACUCACCCAAGACUUCGAGUAGAUAAUCAUUUGAAAAUUUUUACCCACGAUGGUUUUAUCGUUAGCAGAAUUAAUUUUGAAGAAUUAUACAAAGUCAUUAUUCUUCCUUUUAACAAAAUUAAUUUUGCAGAGUCAGAUGCAUCUUUGGGGACCUAUAUGGAAAACUCCAAGCAGCAGCUGUACAUACAUAAGCAGCUAGGUAUCGACUCGAAGAAGACUGGUGUAUAUCGUGCUCCGGGUACAUCUGCCAAUGCAAGUUUAGCUUUAAAUGGGUUCAUGAAUGCUAAGAAGCCAACGCAGAAGCUUAACAAACCCAAACCCCCGGGCGCGAACUUCGUGCAGGAGCAGAAGAAGAAGGCCCCUCAGAAGAAAAAAAAAAAAAAAAAUACCCACACUGGCGAUGCAGAAGCGGACGCGGAGGACGAAGCGUAG